CUCUAGAUCUAGUUCUCUCAGUAUGACCAGCACAGCAAAAUGUUCAAAAUCAUCAUCUUCAUCAUCAUCACCAUGGAAACAUGAUGUGUUCCUGAGUUUCAGAGGUGAGGACACCCGUACAGGCUUCACAGACCAUCUGUACCAUGCUUUGGAUGGGAAAGCAAUUGACACCUUCAGGGAUACUGAAGGCCUUGUGAGGGGAGAAGCCAUUUCACCAGCACUCUUGAAAGGAAUUGAAGAAUCAAGAUUUGCAAUCAUCGUCCUUUCAGAGAAGUAUGCUACUUCAUCAUGGUGCCUGGAAGAAGUUGCAGAGAUUGUUAAAUGCCAUCGAGUUCGGGGACAGACGAUUAUUCCAGUUUUCUACCAUGUCGAACCAAACCGUGUGAGAAAUCAGACUGGGACAUUUGGGGAGCCCUUUACUCAUAAACAUAAGGACCAAGAUGUGAAUAGGGUUAACCGAUGGAGGGAGGCUCUGUCUCUGGUGGCCAAUAUUCAUCCAUGCUGGGAAUUGGACGACGGCCUGUAUGUAAUUCUCCAUUUGAUUAACUUCUUAAUUAAUUUUAUACCGCAUGAUUCAGUUGUUAUAGAGGAAAUUGUUAAUAAGAUUUUCAAAGAACUAUAUCAAAUAGCUUCAAAGGACUUUGUUGGCAUUGAUUCUCGUAUAAAGAAAAUUCAGAAGCUAUUGGACAAAUGCCCGUCGGAUGAUGUUUGUACCAUGGGGAUAUGGGGCAUCGCAGGUGUUGGUAAAACAACUCUAGCUCGUGCAUUUUAUCAAACGGUGUGUGACAAAUUUGAAGCUAGUGCUUUCAUUGGCAACAUGAGAGAGGAAUAUGAAAAAAAUGGCAUGGUUCACUUACAAAAGCGUCUUCACCAAAUCUUAUUCAAUGAUGAUGAAGGUAUAUAUGAUGAUCAUAUGGUAACCAAUAUAUUAAGCCAAAGAUUGCAUUCCAAAAAGGUGCUUAUCAUUCUAGAUGAUGUUGAUAAAUUGGAGCAAAUAGAAGGUCUAGUUGGAAAUUGGAAAAACCACUAUAAUUGGUUAGGUGGAGGGAGUAGAGUCAUUGUGACUACUAGAAAUAAUCACUUGCUAAUGAACUAUGGACAAAAUUACAUCUAUGAGGUUGAUAAACUGAAUGAUGAGGAAGCUCUUGAACUCUUACAACAAAGAGCCUUCGACGAAAAUGGUGCUUUAGAUAUUCAGUAUAGAGAGUUGUCCAUUCAAGUUGUGGAAUAUGCUAAUGGUCAUCCUUUAACUCUUGAUGUUUUGAGUCCGUACUUGAAAGGGAAAACAGCAGAUGAAUGGUCAAACAUAUUGGAUGAACUAAAGAAAUAUCCUGAUGAUGAACCAAUUCAUCGUACUCUUCAAGUAAGUUAUAAUGGAUUAGAGAAAAAGGAGAAGGAAAUAUUUUUGGAUAUAGCAUGUUUCUUCAAAGGAGAGGAUCUAUAUCGUGUGAAAAAGAUAUUAGAUAGUUGUAGGUUUUAUCCUACAAUUGGUUUAAGAGUGCUUUUGGAAAAAUGCUUUAUAACUAUCGCAAGUGACAAGCUUUGGAUGCAUGAUAUGCUACAAGAAUUUGGUCAUGAGAUUGUUUGUCAAGAAUCCUCAGACAUGCUGGGCAAAAGAAGCAGGCUCUGGAAUCAUAAGGAUGCACGUGAUGUGCUUGAAAACUGUAAGGGAACAAAAGUUGUUCAAGGUAUAUUCCUUAGUUUGCCUAAAAAUGAAGAACUGCACAUGAGUGAGGAGAAAAAAAUGUUAGAAAUGAGAAAGCUACGACUAUUGAAGAUUCAUAAUGUGCGCAACUUUUCUGAAAGUGAAUACUUUUCAAAUAAGUUACGUGUUUUGGAAUGGCAUCAAUAUCCUCUCAUCUCCAUGCCAUCGAGUUUUCAACCCAAAAAUCUGGUUGAGCUCAACAUGUCCGAUAGCCGUAUUGAACGACUAUGGGAUAAGGAGACCACACUUUCUUUGGACAAGUUAAUAUUACUGGAUCUUAGGAAUUGCGAGUACUUGGUCGAAUCCCCUGACUUCAGCACAUUCCCCAAUCUUGAGAGGCUGAUUCUUGAAGGUUGUAAAAGGAUAUCAAAAAUUCAUCCGACAAUCAAAGAGCUCAAAGGACUCAAGUUGUUGAACUUGAAAGGUUGUGAAUCUCUUGACAGUCUUCCGCAAGGCAUCUGCUUCAACUUCCUUGAGAUUUUUAUUCUUACGGGAUGUAAAGAACUUGAUAGAUUUCCGGAAAUUGUGGGAGAUAUGAAUUGUUUGAUACAACUUUUUUUGGAUGGGACUGCUAUAAAGGAAUUGCCAACAUCACUGGAGCGCUUAAGCAACCUUAAGUUAUUGGAACUUAGAGAAUGCAAGAACCUUUUGAGUCUUCCAGAUUUGGUUUGUAGUUUGACAUCUCUAGAAGGACUUAGCAUUGGAGGCUGCUCAAUGAUCAACCAACUGCCAGAAAACAUUGGGAGCUUGGAAAAAUUGGAGCAACUUCAUGCAUGUAGAACUGCUAUAAGGAAAGCGCCUUCCUCCAUUGUACUUCUGAAGAACCUUAAAAAACUCUGUUUCUUCCAAUGUGGGGGUGUGGCAGACGGAUCCUCAUCUCAAUGUUCAUCAGAAUCCAAUAUCAGUUUCCAGUUGCCUAAGUCAUUCUCUGGUUUAAGCUCUUUGACAUCUUUAGAUCUAACUGAAUGCAAUCUUGUACAAGGAGCAAUCCCUGAAGACAUUAGUUGUUUGUCAUUACUGGAGAGUUUAAUAUUGGGUGGAAACAACUUCACGAGCUUACCGGAUAGCAUCUCUCAGCUUUCUAAGCUUAGACGUCUCAAUGUGGAUAAUUGUAGCAAGCUUCAAUCAUUGCCAAAACUUCCAUUAAAUGUAAAACAUGUACAGGCAAAUAAUUGUCCUAUGCUAAAUGAUCAUAUGACAAUAUGGCCUUCUGAUGAGGGAUUCAGUUUCAUUGAUUCUCGCGGAUCAGAAGGGGCUAAUGGAUCUCUUACACAUCACCCUCUUCCAAUGCCCGAAGAACAUAUCUAUAAACUCUUUCCUAAAUUCAUUCAGGAUCGAAUUUAUCACGAAGAAAGCGUGGAACUUCGUUUUCCUUUUUCAAGAAUUCCAGACUGGUGCAGCCGUUGGAAUAAAGGGUCUUCUAUAAGAAUCAGACUACCUGAAAAAGAUUGCAGCCAAAUGUGGAUUGGAUUUGCUCUGUUUGUUGUUGUCCUAAUCAAGAAACUAGAAACCUUUGAUGAUGUUCGGUAUGAUACUUUCUGUCAUUUUUACACUGAUGAAGGUUGUCUCGAAAAUCCCCGAAAGAUAGAAAGCUUCAGUGGCUUCAAGGUUGGGUCUCAUGGACUUUGUGUCUAUGUGCCAAAGACAAGGUUUGCAAAUCAAUUGGACAAAGCAAGUCAUAUCAUAGCUUCAAUUUCAACAAACAGACCGGAUGUGGAGGUGAAAAUUUGUGGGCUGCAUAUAAUAUUUAACAAAGAUGUGCCAAAGUUUACUCAAGAUUUAGCUGACACUUGUAAUGAACACCUAAACUUGACAUCUAUAAAACAUUACAAGCAUAUACUAGAUGAGGCAAGUAAAUUGGAUGUUGUCUUAAAACCUCAAUCCCAUCGACGUUCCAGACAUCAAGUCAUAGCAACAGCUCACCCUGACAGCCCACUGAGAAAAGAUCUACAAUCAUUGCUUUCAAUAAUGUAUCAGGGAUGCCAUGCACGUAACAGACCUUUGUUUUUUGAUUUCCCUAUGAAAGGAUUUGCGUUUGAAUGGUAUUUUCAUCAUAGUGUGGGACGCACUGUAGUUUGUUAUCUUCCUACAAACUUAUUUGAUGACAAGCAAUGGGUUGGAUUUGGUUUAUAUGCUAGACUUACAAGGAAUAAUCUAUCUCGCUCAGAAACUACUCGUCCUUUGCUUUAUAUUGAUUUGCACACCCAUGGAAGUAGCAUUUCACAUGUAAAAACGUUUAUUGUCCACGUUUGCUCUUUUCCACAUCAUUUUCUUGUAUUUCAUGCACCCCGAUUGAAUUUCGAAGAAGAGCUGAAUCAAUGUUGGGGAGUCAGUGCUUUGUUUAGGACCAGUACCCCAGAUGUGGAGGUAAAAAUGUGCGGGAUUCGAGUAGUAUACGAGGAAGAUUUGGCAAGUGUAGUAGACAUGGUGACUGAGAUUGAAUUAAAUAGGGUAGCCGAUGAUGAACAUAGUCAACAAAGGUGUUACCAAUCAUACAGUGAGUUGAUGGAACAAUUCCUUAAUUCAGUUGAGUCCGAUAAGGUCGAGACAAGGAAAGAAGAAAUGCGUAAUAUUCAUUCUAGUACUUUCUCCUUUGAAAGUGAGUACGAGUCCUUGCGGACGAACAAGUUUUUGUCAAGUAUUCAACCUGUUGACGAAUACGUUUCAGCUACUGCAUAUGAGAAAUCUAUUCCGUCUGAAUCUUUUGUAGCCCACUCAAAAACUUUUUUCGAAUCUACAUAUCAAGGGAUUAAUGCAAAUAUGACUGGUACUUCAAGUUCAAGAGAUUCAGAGAAAGGUUUGAUUCAUUUACAGAUAAUGGCAGAGAGUUUGCUUCAUGAAAAUGAUUGGCUAACUUGGAAAAACAAUCUUGAAGAUUUCCUUCAGACAAGCUAUAACGUCAUCAUUACUCUCAGUCUCAAGGGACAUAUUAUUUCUCUUGUGAAACCUUUUCAUCCUUUGUUGCCAUACAAUAUAUGCUUUCCUCUAAAGGAAACUCUGGAGUGGUUUAAAGGUUGGAAAGUUAACAUGCGAAGGAUGGGGGUUAAACUACCGCCGAAUCUCAAUGCUGAUAAUAAUUGGAGAGGGAUUGCUAUAUGUGCUUCCUUUUCAGUAUACGGGAAUCCAUAUGCUAUCUCUGACUCUGACAAUGACUUUUUCAGACUUCUUUGUCAUUUGAGAACGGAUAUAAGACAAUGUUUAAAUCCUGUCCCCAUGUUUCGCAUCACAAAAGACAAAUUCAAGUGGUUAUUUGUACAUGGAUUCAUUUGGCUAACCUACAUUCCUAGUUGUGUGUUGCUUGCAGAAUUGAAUGGGCAGGACUCCGAAAUACUUGUUGAAAUCUUUAAUGAGUGUCCAGGUCUACUUGCACAGGGUGUAGCAGUUCGGCUCUUGUACGAGCAAGACGUGGAAGAAUUUAGAAAAUCAAUAAUCAAAUGCACCUCAUCAUUCUUUGACAAUAACCAGGACCUCAUCCGGCAAUUUGUGGACCAUGAAAAUGAAAUCCCAUCUAGUGAAAUGAGCUAUUUUUUUAAGCAGCCCACUUAUCUGCAUGGACUGGACUUUGAUCGAGACACACUAAUGCUAUCAUGUUGCCCUCCUACUGAAAUUCUAGAGUGGUUCACCCAUCAUACUAGUGGCCCUUCAGUGAUAAUCCAGCUACCGCCAUAUCUAUGUAGGGAUGCUACUUGGAUAGGAUUGGCGCUAUGUGCUUACUUUUCAGACCAUGAGCAUACAAUUGAGUUCGAUCCUGAAAUUCCUCACUACCUUGCUUGCCACUUGGAAACUGACAGAGUUAGUCUGGACCCCCUGCAUAAGAACUUCCACAUGUUACAUGAUGUAGAAUUCAUGUGGCUGUCCUUAAUACCGCGUAUCUGGUUUGGAGAUCAGCUGAACAACUGCAAUCUCAUUGAGGCUUCAUUUGUAAGCGAGAGAGGAGGCUGGGGGGCUCAUAAGUGUGGUCUCCGACUUAUAUAUCUGCAUGAUGAGGAAGAGUUUAAGCAGACAAUAAAUCAUUGCAUGGCCUCGACGUACGAUGAUCCAGAUGGUCAGGAAGGGUGUAGCAAAUCUGGCAGCAGUAUUAUCCAUGAUCCACAACAAACAAAUAGAUCGGAUAAGAUCCAUGUGGAGCUUUUACAAUGUCGUCUGCCUGUAACAAUCAACAAAGAUGUGCCAAAGUUUAGUCAAGAUUUAGAUGAUGCAUCAUCUACUAAACACCCAGACUUGACAUCUGUCGAACAUUACUUGCAUUUACUAGAGAAAGAAAGUGAAUUAUUGGAAAGAUCCAGUGAUGUCAAGGUACUCGAAUCCCAUCAUCCUCCUGUAACUCAUUCCUUGAGAAGUGCACAUCGACCUACGAACCAGCUGAGAAGAGAUCUAGAAGCCUUAUUUUCAAGAGUGUUUUUUGAGGGAUCAUUGUAUGCACGCAACAUUCCUAUUCCUUUUAGUUUUUCUUCAACAGAAUUUGCAUUCGGUUGGUUCUUCCACCAAAGUGUGGGGCGCUUCGUAGUUUGCUAUCUUCCUGCAAACUUACUGGAUGACAAGUCAUGGGUAGGAUUUAGCCUGUGUGCUGCACUUAGAUUGUGUCCGUCUGAUUUGGAUAACAACCAUUUGGAUUCGGGAUCUCCUCUUUUGCUUCAUAUAGACUUUCAUUCCCAUGGAAGUAGUGUUUCACAUAUAAGAACGAUUAGUGAUCUCCCCAUUUCGUAUUAUUCACACCAGACUAUUCUAUUUAGUGCACCUCGAGGGUGUUUCAAAAAAGAUCAGUUGAAUCAAUGUUGGGGAGUAAGCGCUUUGUUUAGAACCAGCACCCCAAAUUUGGAGGUCGAAACGUGUGGGAUCCGUGCAGUAUAUGAUCAAGAUAUGGGAACUGUAAAUGAAAUGAUAGCCGAGUGUCAGUUGAGCUUUCCAAAUGAGGACCAAGAAUGCUACCAAGCAUAUGAAUUUUUGGUACAGGGUAUCAUCAGCGCAUAUCACUCUGUUAAGCCCGUGACAAGGAAUGAAGAAAUUCCCAUCCAUUCUAGUUACUCCUCUGAAAGGGAUUACGAAUCCAACAUGUUCCUGUCAAGUACUCAACCUGUUGACAAAGAAAUUUCAAGUGCAUAUAAGGAACUUUCUAUUCCACUUGACCCCGUUGUUGUCCACUCCAAACAACAGUUUUUGGAAUCUUCUUCUUACAAACUGUUUGCAGAAAGCACUUCAAGAGAUUCAAAGCUUGGUAUAAUUCAUUUACAGAUAAUGGCAGAGUCUUCACUUUUUGAAAAUGAUUUCGUAAGGUGGAAAAAUAAUCUGGAGAAUUUCCUUCAACGUCAUUCUAGCUUUUUCAUCAUCAUUACUCUCAGCCUUAAAGGACAGAUCAUUUCUGUUUUUAAGCCUUUUGAAACUUGUUCGACAUACAAUUUAUGUUUCCCGCGGAAGGAAAUUCUGGAGUGGUUUAAAGAUUAUCAAGUCAGCAAGCGAACAUUCGCAAUCAAAUUACCACCAAAUCUCAAAACUGACAAAAAUUGGUUGGGGGUCGCUGUAUGUGUGGCUUUUUCAGUGAACGAGCAUCCAAAUUUGAUCCUUGACGAGGAGUUAGAAGUCUCAUUUAGAGUUUUAUGUCAUAUGCAUACGGAUCAAGGCUGCUGUUUGGAUCUUGCCCCCGUGUUUCACGUCACCAAAGACAAAUUCAAGUGGUCAUAUGUAGGUGGGUUCAUUUGGCUAACCUACAUUCCCAGUUCUUUGUUGCUUCCUGAGUUGAAAGGCCAAAGCUACAUAGUGAUUGAUAUCUACAGCGAGUGCCCUGGCGUGCUUACCAAGAAUCUCGGGGUCCGUCUCUUGUACGAACAAGAUGUGGAAGAAUUCAAACAAUCAAUAAGCAAAUGCCUGACAGGGUUCCUUGACAAUUUGGAUACCAUUUCUAAAUUUAUGGGCGAUGGAAAUGAGAAAAGCCCCUGUCGUGCUGAUGAGUUGGGAAGCAGCAGUAAAAAUAGCAAAGGUUGUGUUGUUACUCAACCAGAAAAUGUGACAGCUGAACCCACUUUGCCAGGCAAAACUGGCAUGGCCUUCGAUCGAGACAUGAUAUAUAACUCAUGCUUCCCUCCUACUGAAAUUCUAGACUGGUUCAUCCAUCACGGCAGUGGUCCUUCAGCCGAAAUCCAACUACCAUCAGAUCUAUAUGAUGGUGAUUGGCUAGGAGUGGCUCUUUGUGCAUAUUUUACAUAUGAUGAGCAUCCAAGUACCUUUAUUGAUAAUGUUGAUCCAGAAAUUCCUCAGUUCCUUAUUUGUAACUUUGGUUUGGAUACUCUGCAUCUUUAUCAAAUGACCAAUGAAGAAGUCAAGAAGAUAAAUGGAGAAUUCAUAUGGCUGUCCUAUAUACCACGGCUCUGGUUUUCAGAUCAGUGGAAGCACUCCAGUCUUGUUGAGGCUUCAUUUGCAAGCGACAUAGGAGGCUUACUGGCUCAAAAGUGCGGUUUUCGUCUUCUGCACAGACAUGAUGAGGAGGAGUUUAAGCGUACAAUAAGCUACUGCAUGGCCUCCAUGAUUGAAAAUAAAGAUCCAGUCUCUCAUGUUAAGGCUGAUAACGAGGGAAACAAGAAGGUGUUGGAUGAUGGUCAUGACCCGCAACAUGAAAGACUGGAAGGAGCUGGCAACUCUAACCCCAUCGAUAAAGGUAAACAAGUUAUUGAAUAACCUCUCUGCCUCUCUCUGCUUGCCAGUAGGCAGAGAUCAGUACUCUGGGACUCUUUUCUACUCAAUGCUGGGAAUUCUCUAUCUCAAGCUUCACUCCCUUCUCUCUUCUUUGUUUCUUCUGAUUCUGUGUGCUGAUUUUUCUCUCUCUGUUUCUUUUUCGUCAUGAUUAGAGAAGGACUUCAAUUCUUCAUGGUCACUGUUUA